GAGCACAGUGCUGUACUUAUUACAUCUGCUUAUCUGUGUCUGUUGCAGACCAGCUCAGAGACAACUUCUCACCUGUCCUCUACCUACUGCCUUCAACACUGCACAGGAUGCUGAGGAGCACUUUGCUGAUCCUGGCCGUGGCCGGCCUCCACGCGAUGCCGUUGCCGCCGCGGGAGGACACCUCCAGCCCGCUCCAGGUGGGCGCCCCGGUGCCGGAGGAGUUCCGCCGGCAGGGAACCCAGCCCUCGCGGCCACACCUGGUGGACCUGCGGACCGGCCUACUGCAGGACCAGCGCAGCGAGAUGGAGCGCAGAGUCAGCCACGAAUACUAUGUCCCUUACCCGGUAGACCAGUUUCGGCAGGGCACACAAAACUCUCGUGCAGUCCUGGUGGAUGUGCGCAGCGGACUGCCCAUUCAGUCUGUGGGAGAGAUGCAGAGGACCAUGGGAAAAGUGUAUGUCCCUCCCUCCCUGGACGAGUUCAGGCAGGGCACCCAGAACUCCAGAGCCAUCCUGGUGGACCCGAGAACAGGCCUCAUAAGAGACCCCAUCGGAGAGAUGUCUAGAAACAGCGUGUGGACAGUGUCCAGGACAGAGCCAGUGUGCCAGGGCAGUGUCAUCAAUGCGAGGUGCUACAGCUUCUUCUCUGAUGCCAAGACCUUCAAUGAUGCAGAGGCCUCCUGCAGACAGUUAGCUCCUGGGGGACACCUGGCCUCUGUCACCAGCCCUGACCUGCACUCCCGCCUGGCUGCCAUGGUGACGGAGGCCAGCAACGGCCCUGUCCUCACCUGGCUGGGAGGAGUUCUGCAGGCUGAUAAAUUUAGGUGGAUAGACGGCUCUUCCUGGGGGUACAGUGAUCUGAUGCCCGGGCGGCUGCAGCCGGGCAGCGACUCUGAAAGGUGCCUGGAGAUGUUUCGCGUUGAUGAGAGGUGGUGGAGCACUGCGGACUGCAGCCUGCAGAGACCCUUCAUCUGCUCUCACCCCCUCCCUGCCUGAAGACGACAGCCACGCGUUUAAAACAGAAACCGCCAGAUGUGUACUCAGUGCUUACUUACGACUACCUUUAAAGCAGAGCAAUAUGUCAUGGACAAUAAAUUCAGUAAAAAG